ACAAGAAUCCUAUGUGCAAUAAAAUUCAAGCUCACCUGUCUGUCUAUCAUGGAUGUGUAUGUAGAGUACUAUUUUCAAGGCGCAUAUAUAGAGGCACACUCAUAGCACCACUUUCGUGUCCGCUCUCCACGUUGGCCAGUUACAAAACACUCAUCAUCUUCCUGAGGUUUUCUUCUCCCUUCUGUGUGUAUCUAUACUUGUUUGUAUCUAUUUUUAUGUUUUUAGAUAUAUGUGUGUGUGUUUGUGUUUAUAGUGUAUGGAUUUGUUAGAGAAGUUUAAGGGGGCAGUGGGAGUGAGUGAGAGUAGAAAAGGGCGUGUAGAGAAAGCUCUGCGUUCUCUACUCGUUGAGUGGAAGAAUCUCGAACAUGCAGAUUCUUCCGCUCAACGCUCGUUACAGGAUUGCUGCACGGCUAUUCAAUUGAGGCAGGAGCGGUUGAAUGAGUUGCAGCAAUCUUUAACGAAUAGUCAUCGAGACGUGGGGGAGGUUAUUGAAAGUUUGGAGGAGAGAAUGGGGGAGGUUGAGAGUAGAGAGAUGGAAUUGAGGGUAAUGCUUGAGGAGGUGGAGGGGGAAGUUGAGAAGUUGGGGUUUGUUAAGGGGGUUUUCGAGAGGGGGGUUAGGGAGUUUGAGGAGAGGCGGAGGGAGUUUGAGGAGAGGCAGAGGGUGUUUGAGGGGGAUUUCGAGAAGUUUUGUUUGGAGAGGAGGGAGUUUGAGGGGUUUAAGGGUUUGAUUGAGGGGAGACUUGAGGAGGUUAAGUUGAAGGAGAAGCAUGUUGAGGAUCGCGAGAGGGGAUUAGAGAGGGGUUUGGUUGAGUUUGAUGGUAAAAUGAAGUAUGUCGUGGAGAAGAAGGAAGAAUUUGAGGUUAAAGAGAGGAGUAUUAGAAAUCGUGAAAUUAAGUUGGAUCAAUUUAUGGUUGAUAGUGCUUUGAUGAUGAGGAAUGCACUAGAGAAGGAGAAACAAGUUGAAUUGAAGGAGAGGAGUAUUGCGAAUAGCAAAGUUGUACUAGAUAGGGGUUUGGUUGAGUUUGAGGCGAGGAUGAAGAAUCUGGUAGAGAAGGAGAAAGAUUUUGACUUGAAGGUGAAGAGUAUUGUAUGUCGUGAAACUAAAUUAGAGAUGGGUUUGGUUGAUUUUAAGGCGAAAAUGAAGAAACUUGGACAGAAGGAGAAAGAAGUUGAAUUAAAGGAGAAGAGAAUUGAAAAUGGCAAAACUGAGCUUGAUGUGAAAAUGAAGAACCUGGUAGAAAAGGAGAAGGAAGUUGAAGUAAAGGAGCAGAGUAUUGAAAAUCGCAAAACUGAAUUAGAUCGGGAUUUGUUUGAGUUUAAUAUGAGAAUGAAAAAUGUGGAAGAGAAGGAGAAUGAAGUUGAAUUGAAUGCGAAGAGGAUAAAAAAUCGUGAAACUGAACUCGGCAUGGCUGAGUUUGAUGAGAAAGUGAAGGAUGUGGUCGAGAAGGAGAAAGGAGUUGAAUUGAAGGUGAAGAGUAUUAAAAAUCGCGAAGAUGAACUUGAUAGGCUUUUGGAUGAGAUUGAUUUGUCAAUGAAGAAUUUGAUAGAGAAGGAGCAAGUAGUUGAAUUAAAGGAGAAGAGUAUCAAAAUUCGCGAGAAUGAACUAGAUAGGGGUUUGGUUGAGUUUGACGCAAAAAUGAAGAAUUUGAAAGAGAAAGAGAAGGAAUUUGAAUUGAAGGUGAAGAAUUUUGAAAAGCGCGACAUUGAACUAGAUGGUGCUUUGGUUGAGUUUGAUUCAUUAGAGAAAAAGGUCAAAGCGAAGGAGAAAAAACUUGAGGCGGAGAAGGAGAGGCUCGAAGUCAAGGAGAAUAAACUUGAGGCUAGGAAGAGGAUUCUCAAAAAACGAAAAACUGAAAUAGAUAGGAAUUUAGUUGAGUUUGAUGUGAAAAUGAAGAAUGUGACAGAGAAGGAAAAAGAACUUGAAUUAAAGGAGAAGAGUUUUGAAAGUCGUGACAUUGAACUAGAUGGGGCUUUGAUUGAGUUUGAUAUGAUGAAGAAAAAUAUGGAAGAAAAGGAGAGAGAACUUGAAAUGAAGGAAAAAAGUAUCACAAAUUGCAAGAUUGAACUUCAGUCAAAGGAGAAUGAAGUGAAUUUAAUACAAAUUACAUGCGAAGAAAGAUGCAGAAAACUUGAGUUGGAGAAGGAAAAGCUUGAAGAGAAAAUAGAAGAACUCAACAUAAAAAACCAAAAACUCAGCAGUGUUGAGCACUUAAUUGUAAAACCUGAGCCAUGGAGCGAUGAUGUUUCAUAUGCAGAUAUAAGAUUUUCUGUUACCAUGGAUGGAAACAACUUGUUUCUAUAUUUGAUCAACCAUGAAAGUGAUCUUGAUUCAAUGACUGACGAAGUUUAUGAGGCACUUGGGAAAUCGAUGGAGCCUGCAAGACUGGUUUUAGAUGCAUUGCAAGGAUUUUACUCAAAGAAAGAAGAUAAGGAAUUUGAAGUAGUUUGUAGAAGCAGCAUUCUUUUAUUGGAGCAGUUGAGAAGAAUUUCUCCUCACAUUCAAUCAUAUCAUAAAAAAGCAGCAUUAGAACUUGCUAUCAAAUGGAAGGAGAAAAUGAAGAGCUCAAUGGAGGUUAUUGUUUUCUUGCAACUUUUAGCUUCCUACAAAUUGGAGUCUUCAUUUAAACCAGAAGAGUUCUUAAGCCUCUUCGAGGUUAUUGGUCAGCCAAUACAAAUUUCAGAAUUAUUGCAGCAACAAAUUUCAAAAUUAUUGCAGCUCCUUGGUUACAUGGAAAAAAUCAACGAUGCUAUUCAAGUAAUGAUAAAAGAGCAGCAGCAUGUUAAAGCUGUUAGAUAUGCUUGUGCUUUUGGGCUUCGUGAAAGGUUUCAGCCUGCUUCACUCCUGAAAGACUUCCUGAAGAAUGCUGCAGAGGUGUCAAAGACUUUAGGUGAUAAUAUAAACGGCCCAGUUAAAAAUAAAGACAAGGACAUAGACAACAUUGUGGCUUCGCUAAAGGAGGCACUCGUUUGCAUUUCUCAUUACAAACUUGAAUUAGAAUAUUCUCCAGAAUGCAUUGAGAUUUUUAUUCAACAGCUUGUACAGCAGAAGGAAGAUGGAAAAGUUUGCUCAUCAACCUCCAAAAAUGAAGCAGACAUACAACAUGAGGCCGAGAAAAAUUGUAAAUUAGCCGAAGUUGUACCUGACCCAACUGAAACAUGUGCCAUUCAGCCUCAGAAAAUAUCAAGGAAACGACCUGCUGCAGGCUCUGAUCUUGGCCCGAAAGCUCAACUCCGACGGAGCAACAGGAAACUUAGACGUACUGAACCACUAGUAGAAACUUCCUCAAAUGUUCCGCCUCCUGCUUUUCACUCGGCGGCAAAUGUUAUCACCUGAGAGGAGACCUAUAUGCAGAAAAUGAUCAUGCCUUUUGUAUUCAAUCUGCAGAAUACACUAUAUGGCUGACUUGGUUUCUGUUUGUGUCUUGUAUAGCAUAAUUAUUUGUUUGGUGUCAAAGAAUGGCAACAAAAUGUUGCACAACAUGGUCUAGAUCACUGAGCUUUUUCAGAGUUCAGGAGUUCGGUCAUCCGGGGAGCUGCAAAAGCCUCUUACUUCAAGAUGAAUGAAGACUUUGUCACUGCAUUUGUGCAGUGAUGAUUUCUGA